AUGCCUGCUCAAGAGCGUAUGGAAGAAUUGGGCCAUCGCCUCUCAAUCAAUUCACUUAAGAAAAAGUGGAGCCGCGAGGAAUGGGCAAGCAUCAUUGCAGCCCAGAUUGCGGUGGAGGAAAAAAUCGAAGCCGCUUUAUUGGACGAUGGCUUUUCUCCAGAUGCGAUUUUAGACAAACGGCAUCAGAUAAGGGGCUUUAUGUUUUAUCCGGGAGGGACUUCUUUGACCGAGCCUACUUAUGUGGGCUAUGUCAGGAGUAUCGACAACUUGGGUACUCGCGCGUCUGUUCCAUACAAGCGGGUCAUCCAAGCGAUAGAAAACGAUGAUUUAUCCAUCGGUCCUCCUUAA